AUGGUUAAAUUUUUCGACACUGGUGAUGAACAACUUGCUCAGCUUACUUAUCAGAUUUUGGCCCGCCUCAUUGAAAGGAGUGUUCAAGACAAUGAAGAAUGUGCAAAGUGUCUUCUCUCUUUGCUGGAUCGCGCCCUGAACGUUCAUUCCACGACCGUAUGGAAAUAUGUCUUGAGAUCACAAAUGCGGCUUUAUGAAAGUGCUGGUGCCGGAAUCAUAGGAGAAGAAUUUGAAAAGGCAAUGAAGACAUUAGCGUUAUUGCGUGAAAGCGAUGAGUGUUUCUGUAAACAGGAACUCGACUUUACCGUUGGUUGUGCUGUGCGCCAUGUUGGCGCUCCUGCUGUGUUGUCAGUGAUACCGCUUGGCAUUGACGCGGAUGCUGCCAUUCUCAACACUGAAUUCACUCGAUCAUGGCUAAUUCCUGUUUUACGUGUGAAUUUGCACAACGCUCCUUUGGCAUAUUUCUCAUCUCAUAUCCUACCUCUCGCCAUGAAAAUUUACAGACGUCUCGGGUCAUUGGAUCCUGUGCCACAGCGCUUGUACAUGACAUUGCAGUUACAGUUGUGGGAGCUGUUGCCGUCGUUCUGCGAUUCUCCAUGUGAUUUGGAGAAAUCUUUUCCUCAAGUACUUGGUGCGGCAAUUAAUGAGAGAAAGGACCUAAGACCACAGAUACUCUCUGCUUUGCGACGGGUGCUGCGUUUUGCUCUCAUGCCAGACGCACCCCCGGAACGAAUUGAAGUUGUGAGCUCUUACGCAAAGAACUUCAUGCCGCUACUGUUCAAUUUAUACACUGCAAAUGCUGGAGAUGAUCAAGAUGAUAAGGGUGUACGGCAUUUGUUGGAAAUGGCCCUUUCCAUCCUCACCAAAUCUUUUGUGAACGCAGCAAUCACGAAAGCGAAUAGUGCUUUUGAAGAUCCUGCCAGACAGGCUCGGAUUUUGGACAUCCUUUGUGCAGUUUCACGAAGUGCCGAUUGCGGAACAUUGGAGAAAGUCAUGGACACUAUAAUACCAUGGUUUGGUAUGGAUGGAAUACAGAAAAAGGCGUACCGAAUCAUGGAAGAUAUUUUAGCCAAAAGAGCUUCGCCUGACCUGGAACCCUUCUUUUCGUCGAGAGCUUCAGACUUUGAAAAUGCAGUGUUACGACCAAUUGCCAGUGUGGUUCCUCCGGCUCGAGCAGCUUUCGCGAAUAACACUCAUACUCGCUCGAAUGCCAGUAAAUGCUUGCAGUAUAUGUUCAAGAAAAUUCUCGAAAUUGGAGCAGAGAACGAACCGCAAGUUUCGACCCUACUGAGCGGUAUGUUAGCGCGCAUCUACGAACUAGCGACGCCAAGUGCUGAUUCCGACAAUGGUGCUGUGGAGAUGGAUGUUGCUAGAUCAACCUUGGUGGCCCUGAAUAUAAUAGCACAAAAGUUACUUCGAACGCUGAAUGGAGGGCAUGUGUCUCGUCUGGUUGCUCAUGGUUGUGCGUGGAUAGGGGACGGCCGACCUCCUGUCCGAAUUUUGGUCCGAAAAGCAAAUCGACUGCUGUUGGAAGUGCUUGUUGCUAAAUUUGGAGUAGACGUGUUACUCAAGUAUACCAGCAAGCCUGAAUGGGUUAAGCAGUUGAAAAAUAUCGAAAAAAUAAAUAGAAGAAAAGAACGGCAAAUCAGUGGUGGAGGUGGCGCGAAGGAUAGCGAUGAAGAGAGCAGCGAGGCGGGCUCACGUAUGACUUCUCGAACUGCCGGAGCCGACACAAUACUAAAACUUCUCGAGGAUAGUGAUGCAUCUGAAAGUGACGCUGAAGGAGAUAUGGCCGAUAUGAAGAGUCGCACUGGCAGUGUUUGGCUGAAGGAUGACACAGACAUGGGUGAACUAACGGAUCUUCUUGACAGAAAGAGUAUGAUUCUCAAGGUAGCGAAACGGAAAGCUAAACUGACGGAAAAGAAGAAACAGGAAUCUGGAUUCAGAAUAUCUAAAGAUGGAAAAUUAGUGAUUGUCGAUAGUGAUGAUGAGAAUGAAACAAAGCGAAAGCGUAGGAAGCGAGGUGGUGACCUGGACGAUUUGAAUGAUGACUUCCCUCUUGAAACCAAGAGGAAGAAAGACGAUAGUGAUAUGGAAACUGAUUCUGAAGAUGACACCAGGGAUGCGAAAAAAGCAAGCACCAAACACUCAACCGUAAGCGGUGCAUCAAGCUGGCGUCCAGGAGGCCAAGGAAUACAUCGGGACACUUCGUUGAAAAGCAGUAAGGGUCGACCGACCAAAGGUGGCAGUGAUAAGAAGAAUCAGAAACUACAACCCUAUGCCUAUGUCCCACUGCGGCAAAAAGGAGUAAAGCAGUGUUCGUCCAUUCAACUACUUCUGGACUCAUUUGUCGACUUUUCAAGACUGUCCGAUUUCUGCCUGAAAUCACUUGACGCAGUAGUUUUGUGCUUGGAUAAGGCGAAUAACACUCAUACUCGCUCGAAUGCCAGUAAAUGCUUGCAGUAUAUGUUCAAGAAAAUUCUCGAAAUUGGAGCAGAGAACGAACCGCAAGUUUCGACCCUACUGAGCGGUAUGUUAGCGCGCAUCUACGAACUAGCGACGCCAAGUGCUGAUUCCGACAAUGGUGCUGUGGAGAUGGAUGUUGCUAGAUCAACCUUGGUGGCCCUGAAUAUAAUAGCACAAAAGUUACUUCGAACGCUGAAUGGAGGGCAUGUGUCUCGUCUGGUUGCUCAUGGUUGUGCGUGGAUAGGGGACGGCCGACCUCCUGUCCGAAUUUUGGUGAUCAGGUUACUCCGAGUACUGGUACAGAAAUUACCCGAGUAUGCUUUGCAACAGUAUCGUGACCUGUUAAUCAAUUCGAUAUUUGAAGGACAGCUGACAUGUGAUCUCACUUCCAAGGCAAGCUUUCAGUAA